AUGGUGCCUCCGGCACAUGAAAUUCACUUACAUAAUGGCAAAAUUCUAACAGAGGAAUCGAAAUUCAACUCCGAUGGUGGAAAGAGUUUCCAUCUAUUGGAAAAGCUGGAACAGAGUUACACUUUCUUAUCUCUGACCUGCAGCCAAUGCUUUGAGGCUUCAUUCACACAUAUCGCCGCAUCAAAAUAUAGGUUGAGCCGAUAGAACUGAAACGAAAGUAAAUAUAGCAACUUAUCGAUUUUGCGGUCGCACAGAGUAGUAGUAGGGUAGCAAUUGAAUAGAAUCGUGCAGAUAUGUAGAAUACAAUAGGACACGGAGUCUCAGUGCUGGGACCAGCUUCAGACGAUUAAAACGAAAAACAAUUACCUCCAUACUCAGUGUAGACGUUAUUAUCUUAAACAUACAGUGCUUCUCAAAAAGCCACCUGCUUGUUUCUUGAAAGGGUAAAGUUAGCAAACUGAAAUUCAGGGUUAUGAAGUUAUUGUAUGAAUGCUAUAUUUAAACUUAAAGUGGCCGUUGCAAAUUUUAAGCCGAC